CACUUCUGAGUUCUGACAUUUUAUCUUCCUACUUCUACACAACCGACUACCAUCUCUCUCUGUGUCUCUCUCUACUUCUGCCUGCCAACUCUAGAAAAUAACAGUACUUGUAGCUCCCACACCGCACCUUUCCUGCCCUAGAACAUUGAGCUUCGGGUUAUCCAGAGAGCUUAAAGAGGAAGAAGAACGAGUUGCGGAAGAAGAUUAACAAAACAAUGGGCAAAGACCAACCAUCUUAUUCUUUCACCAAGAAGUUCUUGCAUUGGUCCUUCUAUUUCAUUAUUCCUAUUGCCGUCUUUCGCUUAUACUUUUACCCUCUUCACUUAGUUCGCCAAGCUACGACUGAACAACUACCCAACACUCAACACAUUGUUAGCAUCUCUUCUUCUAUCAAUCGAGAAGAGAAAAAGGUUUAUGAAGCUCCUUGUGACUUCACCAAUGGCAGAUGGGUCCAUGACAAGAUGGGACCUUUGUACAAUGGCACCACCUGUGCUACCAUUAAGGAAGGUCAAAACUGCAUCACUCAUGGAAGACCUGACCUGGGUUACCUCUUCUGGAGAUGGAAGCCAAAUAGAUGCGAGCUUCCGAGGUUUGAACCGCAUGCAUUUCUUCAAUUUCUUACUCACAAACAUUUAGCUUUUGUUGGUGACUCUAUGGCUAGGAACCAACUUGAGUCCCUUCUUUGCAUGCUGUCAACGGUCUCUGUCCCUAACCUUGUUUAUCGAGAUGGUGAAGACAACAAAUUUAGAAGAUGGCAUUUUGCUUCUCAUAAUGUCAGUAUUUCUGUUUAUUGGUCACCGUUUUUAGUUAAAGGAAUUGAGAAAUCUAAAUCUGGUCCAAAUCAUAACAAAUUGUAUGUGGAUUAUGUGAAUGAAAGGUGGGCGGCGGAUUUAGAUCAAAUAGACAUGAUUGUUUUAUCUGUCGGGCAUUGGUUUUUACACCCAGCUGUGUAUUUUGAGGGAGAUUCUCUAUUGGGUUGCCAUUACUGUCCUGAACUUAAUCACACUGAGAUUGGAUUCUAUGAUGUUUUGAGAAAGGCCUUAAAGACCACCCUCAAAACAAUAAUUGAAAGAACACGGUCUAAUGAUAGUGUUAAAGAUGUGAUUUUGACCACAUUUUCUCCGUCACAUUUUGAAGGUGAUUGGGAUAAGGCAGGUGCUUGUCCAAAGACAGAGCCUUAUAAGGAGGGCGAAAAAUUGCUUGAAGGAAUGGAUGCUGAUAUGAGAAAUAUUGAGGUUGAACAAAUGGAUGAAGCCAAGGAAAAUGCUAAGCAAUUUAAGGGGUUGAGGCUAGAGGUUUUGGAUGUCACUAGAUUAUCAUUAAUGAGACCAGAUGGUCAUCCAGGUCCUUACAUGUAUCCAAAUCCAUUUGCUAAUGGAAUUAAAGAGCAUGUACAAAAUGAUUGUGUUCACUGGUGUUUACCAGGGCCUAUAGAUACUUGGAAUCAAAUAAUGUUAGAGGUUAUAAGGAGAUGGGAAGGUCAGUCAAGAAGAAAAGAAUGAGUUACUGCAGUAAAAAAAUAUUGGGUUUGUUUCUCUUCAAUGCGCUGCUCUGAUUUAUCUUUUACUUGAUAGAGAAUUGAAACAAAUGAGUAGCUGCAGUGAUUGGUAGUGUUGCAUUUCUGUAUGGGGUCUUCUCUUAUGUGAAAGAAUUGGAAGAAGGGGAAAGAUUGAAAAUGGAAGAGGGGUUUGGGGUCAAGAAUGUUGCAAAGAUGAUAUACUUUUGAAAGACAAAUGCAUAUCUAUGUGAAACGUGCAAAAUGAUACCAAUGAGGCUCUGAAGAAAUUGAAGUUCAUCGCCAGUUUUUGUUGGUUUUUUUUUUCUUUUUUAAAGAAUUUACAAUGAAAGGUUAAUUUGCUGACCAGGUUCACAUUAAGAUACUUGUUUGAUUGUAAGUUAUUCUUGCAUGAGACUUAAGCUUUUUAGUUUGGAAUAUAAUUUCCACUCCUCUGAUGUAUAUAAAUGUUAUGUUUGUUGUUC